AUGGACCAACCGGAGGCAGUAACCACAGACAGAGUGCCCCACCCUCCCUCUCCAAAGCUAGGGUUUCCUCUCCCCUCCGCCGCCGACGCAAACCUCGUCGCCAGCCUCAGCACCAUCCUCGUAGCUUCAAUUCAAGACACUAAGGACCGUAUUGCGCAGAUUGAGUACGUCUUCUGCUCCCAGCUCUACCCUCAAUUUAAAUCCGACGCUGCGUCCAAACGGCGUCGCAUUGACCAGCUCCAGCGCGAAGUCGACGAGAGCAUGGUGCUGCACAAGAACCUCAUGGAAUUGGUGCAGUCCAAGGAUUCCGCGCUUAAAGACGCCGAAGAGAAGCGAAACGCUGCGUUUAUAAAAUUGGAGGACUGCGAGAGCGAGAAGGCGGUGCUGCUCGCGAGAAUCGAGGAGUUAGACGAGAAACUGAGGAGUAAGGUGCGAGAUAUUGAUGAGGAAGGGACGCUACUAGAGCGCGUGGAGGCGCUGACGUGUGAAUUGCGGGAUGAGAGAGCCAAGAGAAAUCGCCUGACUGAGGCGUAUAAGAGGCUUAAGUCUCAGCACGUUUACCUACGACGGAAGGUUGGUCUCGGUGAGGAGAAUGUGGUUGAACAAAACAAAAUCGAGAGUGGAAGUGAGUUUGGCACGCAUCAGAGUCCGAUCGUAGAACCUGGUCUUGCAUUUGAGAACCGAAAUAUCACUAUGGGUGCUCGUGAAGCAGUGGAAGUGAGAAGCGAAAUCCCAGAGGAAGACAUUGGAGGCCUUGAAAAGAAAACUCCAGACGUGUUUGUUGCUGCGUGUGACAUAAACGAAGUGAAGGAGAAGCCAUCUGAGGACGACAGAGGAGCCAAUUUGAGUUCUCCAACUACCGGUUUUCAUGAUGUCCCUAAAUGUUCAUCCAGUACAAAAUUAGUCUCCGUAUCUAGUACGAAGCGGCCUGCAUCUUCCUGGAGGCAAACCCGGUCCCAUCAAAGUCGAACAGGUCCUGACCCUCAUGAUGAUUUUCUUGAUACUCCACUGGAGAAUAUCAGAGGAAAUUUAAAUAAGGAGAACCUCCCAAACCUGAUUCAGAGAGACAUUUGCGAAGACGGCUCAGAUGAUGAAACACAGGAUAUGAAUGCCAAAAGCAGUCCUCAGAAGAAGCUAAAACAAUCUUCUAUAACAGUGGUUGACAAAAGAAGUUACAAAUAUGUUGAGCCAGUGAGAAAGAAAGCUGAGCGUGAAAAUUUGAAAGGAGUUGAGUGCAAACAAUGCAGGAAGUUCUAUGAUGCUGUUCUUCCUAAUGCUGAUGGCAAGGAUGCUUCUGACAGUAAGCAGAAUUUCCGUUGUGAACACCUUGAUGGUGUUUCUAGGCACCGAUAUAGGUUUAUUCCGCCCAUGACUCCUGAAGGAUUUUGGAAUAUUGGAUUUGAAUCUGAAACGUAA